AUGGUCAAGCACCAAAGGCGGUCUCACCAGCGUGGCAUGCACAACGGUGGCGACAUCUUGGACGACUGCACCUCUGACUCCGACAGCGGCGAGUCGCCCUCGACCCCGAAGCACGCCAACAUGCAAUGGCCUCACCCUCAGGGUGUCAUGGCCAUGAACCAUCCCGGCAUGGGCCACGCCAUGAGCCGAGCUACAUCCUUCGGCGACUACACCCAGCACAUGAACGGGUACCAGAUGCAGCAGCAGCAGCAACAGUAUGGCGCACACCGCCACAGCCUGUCCGGCGGCCCCCACGAGUUCCACGGACAGUCGGUCCACGAGCAGCAGCAUCCCGCCGUCAUGCUGCAGCGAACCGCCAGUAUGCCUCAGCCGCCGUACUUCGUGACGGAGCAGGGUAAUCCGGGUGUCGCUACCAUGAACACGAACAUGUACGCACAAGUGCCCCGGCAGCAACAGCAGCAGGUCGAAAUUCCGUACUCUGCACCUGGUAUGAACCAGUCCAUCCAAAGCAGCCCGAGCAGCUUCUCGGCAGCAUCGGGUAGGAGCCCAUCCACUCAGGAAGGGUUUUAUACUCACCAGCCUACCCAAGCAGCCACGUAUGCCCUGCAUCAUGCCUCCCCCGUCGUCGAGCAGCAGCAGCAGCAACCGGGCAUGGUCCCGUACCAGCACCAGCAGAUGCAACAGCAGAUCCACACUCCCCAGCCGAUCCCGACGCAGGCACCGCAGCCUCCUCCCCAGCAGCACGUCAGCCAGUACGCCUCACCGACGCCCCAGACCCAGCCCGAAGAGUACUGGAACGGCGUUCCAUACCAGGCACCAGUCGAGGUCGCCACCAUCGGCCAGCUCCCAACCUACGGCUCAGGUGUGUACGACCCUUGGGGAGGCCCCAAGAUCGAGUUCGAGGACCCUUCGAUGCAGCUCCCCUCCGCGCGGAUCGAGAAUAUGUAA